AAAAGCGGUAUUGAUAUGCCUAAACGAGUGGAUUGGCCAAAUGCGGACCCAGCUAAUGACGUUAAUCAUCAGUGCUGUUCUUUGUUUAUAAUCACUUCUGACACGACAUGUGUACUGUUGACAACUCAACAGCCACCAAGAUGCCAACACCAGCUAGAAAGGUUAAGUCGCCUCCUUCAAAGAGCCGGAGUAAAUCCCGCAGCAGGAGCCGAAGUCGUGGUAGAUCCACAGGAAAGUCAUCCGGCUCAGCAUCCAAGUCCCCCGCCAGGACAAAGUCCAAGUCACCCUCAAGGACGCAGUCCAAGUCUCCGUCUAGAGCAUCACGGACACGAGAAAGAACAACUGUUGUCAAAGAAGGAAAUAGUGGUCACUCCUACCAGACAGUCAACACGGAUUGCUGAUAUUGUUGAUCACGAGAAAAAGGUGUCCUUGAGGUCUGCUGAGCAGUUAAAGACUGAAGUCCGUAACAACAUGGCUGACAGGAAGGAAAAGGCAAAGCCUGCACCCAAAACGAGGGAAACUGAGUUUGGGGGUCCUGUAGGGGCCCUUUUCAUCACCCUGUCCCUACCACUGGUCAUGUACUACAUCAACUUGGCAUGCACUAAGGCCAAGUGCUCCAUACUAGAACUUCCCAAGAUGCCAAAGAACCCCUGGAUUCUGUUUGACAUGGAGGCCACGCUGUUGUUCUUUGGUUGGCUAGCAUUCCAGGCUGUCCUAGCCUUGGUUCCUAUUGGUCGAGUUGUGGACGGGCAGCCAUUACAGUCUGGGAAACGUCUCAAGUACAGAUGUAACGGUUUCUUUGCCUUUGUGGCAAGUGUGAUCGCAUUUGGUAUCUGUGUGUACUUUAAUGUGCCACUUGUGAAAAUGGUUCAUGCCAAGUUCUACCGCAUCAUGACGUCCGCCAUCCUGUUUAGUUUCAUUCUUAGCAUCUUCCUGUACAUCAAGGAGAGAGCUGUAGCUGCAAGCCAGCUUGCACCAGGUGGAAAUACAGGAAAUGCACUUUAUGACUUCUUCAUUGGUCAUGAACUGAACCCUAGAAUUGGCAGCUUCGACCUGAAGUUCUUCUGUGAGCUGAGACCAGGCCUGAUUGGCUGGGUGAUUCUCAACUUUGUCUUCGUGCUGAAGGCUUACCAGGACACUGGUGCCUUCCCCCCUGCACUGACACUAGUGGUGGCUUUCCAGACACUCUACGUUGGUGAUGCUCUCUGGUUUGAGGAUGCCAUCCUGACCACAAUGGACAUCAUCCAUGAUGGGUUCGGCUUCAUGUUGGCGUUCGGAGACCUGGCCUGGGUUCCCUUCCUCUACUGUCUCCAGCCCCGAUUUCUCCUGGACAAUGACCCCAAACUAGCCUGGUACUCGCUAGCUGGGAUUGCUCUUCUCAAUGUGUUCGGUUACAUGAUCUUCAGGCGAGCUAACUCUCAGAAGAAUGAUUUUAGGAAAAACCCAUUCCACCCAAGUCUUGCAGAUUUGGAAUCCAUUCCCACGUCAUCAGGGAAGCGUUUGCUGGUUGGAGGUCUGUGGGGGAUGUGCAGAAAGCCGAACUACCUCGGAGACCUGAUGAUGGCUCUGGCCUGGUCCCUGCCUUGUGGUCUGACCCUCAUCCCUUACUUCUACCCGGUGUACUUUGCGGUCCUUUUGGUACAUCGUGAACGACGGGACGGGGCACAGUGCCAGAAGAAGUACGGCUCAAGCUGGAACCGCUACUGUGAACGGGUCCCCUACCGAAUCAUUCCAUAUGUCUACUGAGCCAGUUUUCACUUGCUGAUAAUGCUCAUACUUAACUUCAAAGUAGUGCUGCAUCCAGGGAUGAAUGGCCUCCUAAAUUAACAUGUGGAAAUAAGAAAA